AUGGAAAUUUUAAACUGUAAAUUGGAUAUCGAUUUAACCACCCUAAAAAACACCGCUAAUAUUUCAAAAGAUAAACACGAAGAGGGAAUAGUUGCUCCAGAUAUCAAACCAAUAGACCAAAUACAACAAGAACUAGCACAAUUGUAUAAAAAUAAAAAAACUGUUACAGAUAUUAUCGAUGAUAUUAUUCCUAGCUUACUACAAGAUGCACAAUCUUUUCAAAAGGGACUCGAUUCAUUAAGUAAGGAGUUAGAUGAUGUCAGAGGUAAGUCUGUCGAAUUGAGCAACUUAAUUGAAAAAAAUAGUGGUUUAUUGAAUGAAGUUGAACCAAUUGUUAAUGCCUUGGUAAUUUCUCCACAUGUCAUAACAAACUUAUUAAAGGGCAAGAUAAACUCUCAGUGGUGCGACGAAAAUAUAGAUUAUGUGGAGGAAAAAUUAGAAAAAUUUAAGCUUUUCGCGGAUAACAAUGUUAAAGAUAAAGCCAUUGUGGGGGAUUUCGACAAGUUAAACAAGAUACUCGAGAUCAUGAAAUUAAUCAUUAUAGAAAGGAGUAAAAAAUAUAUAGUUUACAAAAUUAAAAGUUUAAGAUCAACUAAAAUAUGCGCAUCCCAGGUGAUACAAAAAGAUAUGAUUCAAGUUUGCAAAAUUUAUAAGUUUAUUUACAAGCAUAAUUUAUCACUAGCUUUAGAGCUAAGGCAAGCCUAUAUAUACACUAUGCGAUGGUAUUAUGAGAAUUUUUUCAAACGGUAUAUUAGGUCAUUAACUAUUAUGCCUUAUGUCACUAUCGAUCAAAAUUACCGUUUAGGUAAUGGGCUAAGUAAUACUACUUUGAAGUCCUAUUACAGCUAUAUUUCGUCAGCUGCUGUCACUAAUGAAGAUGUUCAAAAUUAUUUUCAAAGUGUAGAUAAAAGAAUCGAUAUUUUAACGCAAGAGUAUAACACCGUCAUGGUUUCACAAAUCGCAGAAAAUAGUGGAAAUAUGAAACAUUACUUGGAAAUUGGCUUCAAAAAUUUAAAUCUAUGUCUAGUAGAUAAUGCUACUUCAGAACAUCUUUUUUUGCAGAAAUUUUUUUUCUCCUCUAAUGAAAAUAACCAAGAGGAAAUUGGCGGUAUCCUGGAGAAAAUUUUCCAACCAACAUUUAAUAAUUCUCUGGAUUUUACUUCACGCCAUUUGAUUUUGAACACCUUCGAUAUUUAUGGGGUUUUAAUUUGUAUAAGAAUAGCGCAAAGAUUACAAUAUAUAUGUGGAAAAGAUAUAAGAAAUUUGCCUGAAUGUUUGAAUUCAUUUUUAGAUGCACAACUAAUUAUAUUGUGGCCGAAAUUUCAGCAAUUGGUGGAUUAUAACACCGAAGGAUUACUUUUAAAUUUUAAUAAUGGUGGGAUACAUUGUAUUAAUAAUGCAGAUGACCCAUUGUGUUAUCCACAGGAAAUAACGGUACAAUUUGGACAAUUUUUAAAGGGCAUUUUGAAGUUGGCAGUAUCCAACAGAAACAAUUUAGAUGAAAGAUCUGAACCAAUUUAUAAUUCGAUGAUUAGGUUAAGAAACGAUUUUGAAAUUAUUAUGACAAAAUGUAGCAAGAAAACUAAAUCACCUGAAAAAUUUAUGGCGACCAACUAUACCUGUAUUUUAAACAACUUGGAAUUUUUUAAUAAAGCUUAUCACCAAAAUGAAGAAGGGACACAGAAGGAACCUUUGAUGAUUGGUGAAAUGAGAACUCAUUUUUUAACAAUAACUCAAGCAUUUACUAAAAAUUAA